AGCUGCAGCAGGAGGACCCGCCGGCGGCUCGGGGCCGCGCGCCGGGAACCUCGCGGGGCGGGCGGGCGCGGCACCCCCUGCCUGGCCGCCUGAGCCCCGGGGAGGCGGCCCGCGCGCGACGGGACCAGCAGCAUGAGCAGCGGCUACAGCAGCCUGGAGGAGGACGCCGAGGACUUCUUCUUCACCGCCAGGACCUCCUUCUUCAGGAGAGCGCCCCAGGGCAAGCCCCGCACCGGCCAGCAAGAUGUGGAGAAAGAGAAGGAAACCCACAAUUACCUCAGCAAAGAGGAAAUCAAAGAGAAAGUUCACAAGUACAAUUUAGCAGUCACAGACAAGCUGAAGAUGACCUUGAAUUCAAAUGGGAUUUACACUGGCUUCAUCAAAGUACAGAUGGAACUCUGCAAACCAUCACAGACUUCCCCGAACCCUGGAAAAUUCGCUCCCACUAGCAAUGGCUGUAUGAACACGCUUCAUAUCAGCAGCACCAACACUGUCGGGGAGGUGAUCGAGGCCCUGCUCAAGAAGUUCCUUGUGACCGAGAGCCCUUCCAAGUUUGCACUUUAUAAGCGAUGUCACAGGGAAGAUCAAGUCUAUGCCUGCAAGCUCUCGGACCGGGAACAUCCACUCUACCUGCGUCUGGUAGCAGGGCCCAGGACAGACACACUUAGUUUUGUUCUUCGUGAACAUGAAAUUGGAGAGUGGGAAGCCUUCAGCCUGCCCGAGCUCCAAAACUUCUUGCGGAUCUUGGACAAGGAAGAAGAGGAGCAGCUACAGACCCUGAAGGAGCGCUACGCGGUCUAUAGACACAAGCUGGAGGGAGCCCUGAGCCAGCUGUGGAAACCCGGGUAACGCGUGGGCCCUGCCCCUCGGGGACGGGACGGCGCGGGACCUGCGUGCACACCGGCCGCCUGUGUCCCUCUUGUCAGAGGGCAGUUUCCUUGCCCCAUGAUGCCAGCGCCUCCCCCCUUGAAGAAUCUCUAGGUCUAGUUCCCCAGAGUGCUCACAUGGCGUCUUCUGCAAGGGACUCUGCAAGCUUGUUCUGUUCGGCACCGCGGUGUUACCUCUUGGCAAGCUGUGAAACUAGUCUCAUCUGGAGCCUUCGAGAGCGCUUUGAAGCAUGGACUCUGGGUUGGUUCCCCCCACCCCCUUGUUUUCUUUUAGUUAUUUUAAGUAUGUGAUGAUGAUGUUAAGCUUAAGGUUGUGCAAAUGAUUUUUUAAAAGCUUAACCAGGAAUCUGUCUGAAUACUUGUCCUGUGUUGAAACUACCUGUCUUUUUUUUUUUUUUUUUUUUUCUUAAAUGUCAGAGGAAGUGAUCCAUGUGAAUUGAAGGGCACGGGAAGCUAGGAAAUCUGAGGAGUUGGUGAAGGAAUUUGGAGGAGUCUGACAAAGAAAGGAAAGAGCAAGUUUGGAAGGAGGCAAGAGUAGGGGUGGCGAGCCCUGGGGGAAAGUGGUUUGGACGGUGAGUGGGUGGGUGGUAGAGGAGGAGAAUUUGGUUGUUGAAGAGUUAAAAGCUUUUUCAGUUUAGAGAUGUUAAACCCAUGGUCAUAUUGCUUGAUUUCCUGGCGAGUAAGAGGUGGGAACAGAACCAAAGAAAGUAGGAGCUGGGCCAACAGGAGGGACUAAGUGCGGCUGACCCAGAGGACCCGGCGUGCAGGUGGGUGCAUGUUCCAAACGGGACAGAGCUGCCCCCCGGGCGGACCGGCCCCGGUUCUGCCUUCUCUCCUCCGAGCAGAAGGUCUGACUUGCGUGGCUUCUGUGGCCAGUGGGCAGCGAGCAUGUGCUACAACUCCUGUGAAGUUACUGUUUUCCCGAGAAUGCUUUCACAGUGGGAAAGGAGUUUGGGGAGGAGGCAACUAUUUCCCCAAUUGUUGGCCGGGGGGUUUGUCAGGUGAGGGGCGCCCAGCACACUUUUGUGACAAUCACGCCCUCCUUUCCCUGUUUUCUUUUCCUCCCCUCCCCUCCCCUCUCCCUCCUUCCCUCUCACUUCCUUCCCUUCUCCCUUUGUCUUAUACAUUGAAGUCUGAUCUUACAUAAUGUAGAACAGGGCUAUGGAUUAAAGACCCAGGACCUUCAGAUCCUCAGUCCAAAGGGUGACCUGACUGUAAGGAGGAGGGCGGCGUCCGCCCAACGCGGACCGCACAGGAAGGGUUCUCGAUGGAAACUUUUUAACUAAAGAGCUUGUUCCUGCAAAACCAAAGAAAUAAGUGAGAGUGCAAUAGAAGCCCUCCUUAAAGCUGGUUAAAUAACUGCCUUUUACGCAGCAGUUAAUCUGAAAACAACAGGAAAAGUGUGCUGUGGUUCUCCAGGGGCCUUGCAGUCUACUUUCAGUCUCCGUAUUGUUUGUUUAUAAAUUCCCAAGGAAUUGUUAACACUUUGGUGACACCUAAUGGAUUCUUUUUGAAAUUCCAAGGUGCUUCAGUUCUUUGCUUCUUAACUAAACGGUGCCUUUUUAAAAAAUUGCAUUUCUCUUCCCCUCUUGGCUGCUCUUCUGACUUUUCAGAGAGCACCUGUCCUGUUGGAGGCAGAUGGAAGCGUCGCUUAUGCUGUGCCACACACGUUACUGAGACAAUCGUAUCUUCCUAAGCUUUUUAAGGAAAGUUGGAAAGAAAAAAAAAAAGUAGAACUAGCUAUAAAAUAUGUAGGGCACAUCUUGUUUAAUUUUGCAUGUGACUUCUUUUUAGUGCAUCAAUGAGGUUUUAGUGACGUUGCCACCCAACACUUUACCUUCAUUGUUCAGGGAAUGCCUUCAUGGUUUUUAUACUGGUUUUACUAUUCAGACUAUGGCUUGGGUGUGAGUAUACUGUUAUCCACCACCUGGUCUUUUAAUUACCCAUCCUAGUAAGCUCAUAUUUUUGUGAAGCCUUUGUUUCUCAGAUUAAGACACUGUUAGAACCUAAAGUAGUAGCUGAUGGGUAUCUGUGAAUUUUUUUUUUCUUUUUUACUUGAAAUAGAUCGUCUGAAUUAGGCAUCCUCAUCUAUAUUAUCCAGGACCUCGCUCAUUGUCACGUGCACUGCACGUUGCGAUUUGGAAAACUUACUGUGUUGAAAUUCUGUCAGUUUGUGGUUCUUGAAGACUGACGGUCUCUCCAAAACACUGGUGACUGCAGCAGCAUUUUUAUUGUGUAAAAGGCCACUGAGGCCAAAGAUUAAAAAAAAAAAAAUCAUUGUACAAAUUCUUAAGUUAAAAUUAAACUAUUGAAGCUUUGCUGUAAUACUGUUUUCUCUUCAAUAUGUGAUGGUACAGGAAAGAGUUAAGUUUAAAUGAAGGGGUAGUAUUGCAGGGGAGCAUUUGAAAUUUGCAGAAGUAGAAAAAAAUUAUAAUAUUUAUAAUUUUGAUGAGUUUAAGUUUAUUUUUAUGGGAAGGUAUUUCUUCCCCUGAAAUUGUUUCUGGAAUGGCAAGUUGUUUCCAUUAUUAAAAGUUGAAGUUGUUAGUUGA